AUGAAACAUUCUGGUAUUAUUCUAUACAUUAUCAUUACUACUAGUCUCUGUUUCUUCAGCAAAUCUACGACAGGCCUAUGCUCGUCGCCUCUUUUUUGCGUAUCAUAUCCUACAAACAAUCUACACGGGAUAGCACCUAGGCGAGUUUUGAGCUCUUACCAUACUCAACACGAAUCAAAAACUGUCAAGGUUUCAGAUGCAAGGAGGCAUUCAAUCGGACACAAAGCGUACAAAAGGGAAGAACCCUUGAAGAAUAGCAUUCACAACGACGAUACAGAGGAUGAGUUAGUCUACCACAUAGAUUAUCAUGGUGUAUCGACCCAUCCUAGCCCAAGUCCAAAACAUGGAAAACCAUAGAAAAUUCAUCAGGUUAUGCUCCUGUAUUACAUACAUGUAACACAAUAUAACAAGUCAACAAGAUUUAGUAGCUUGAAUUUCAAUUCCUGUGUCAACAAUAUUUACUCUGUUUUUUGUGUAUAUUCAGAGAGUACUGCUAA